AUGUGGCCUUCAAUAAUUGUCCCUACUCCAAGUUCUUGUGUACAAGAAAGACCUCGUCAUCAUAUAAAAAAGUUGUGGGGCCCUUUUUGUUGUUGGGUUACAAUGAGAAGGAAAAGAAGGAAGCAAAAUAAUUUUAAAAAACGUCCUUAUUUUCCCUUAGAGGGGAAUAAUCAAAAUAAUUAUCAAUUAUUUGGUAUUCCAAUUCAUUCCCCAACAGAAUAUUAUUUAUUUCUGGAAAAAUAUUUUAAUUGGGGACAACAGCAAAAUGAGAUUGAAAGGAGAGAGUUGGAAAGGAAUAAAAUGAGUAAAAAAUCUUUCAUUGAUGGUUCUUCUAAUUCCUCGAGUUUUAACGAAAAUUGGGAUUGCUGUACUUGCCCUGGAAAGCCUUCAACUUCGACGGACUACCAACCUUCGAUUUGUGGGCAAUUAACUGUUUCAAUUCGUAAAAAAUUUGGUCAACCUUUGGGGCUUGGAAUUGCUGGAGGUUCUGAUAGGCCAAUGCCACCAACAAUUUCCUAUCUAAAACCGGGAUUUGUUGCACAACGUUGUGAUCAAAUUCAAGUUGGUGACAGACUUUUAGAAGUAAAUGGAAUUAAAGUAAAUAGAGGAUUGACUCAUUCAAAAGUUUUGUCUCUUUUACGUGGAAAUAAUUUAUUAGAAUUAAAAUUAGAAUAUGAUUUAAAUGAACAACAAAGAGAAGAACUUUUACUUAAUAGAAAGGAAGGAAUAAUUACAAAGGCAACAGAAAUCGAAUUAAGGGAUCAAAUGUCAUCAGAUGGGGAUUUUGGACUUUUUGGGAUUGUAAUUAGAGGAGGGGCUUUUGGACCGGAUUUAAACAAAAAUAAGCCUAUUACAAUCACCUCAAUUCGUGUUGGAGGUCCGGCACACAGAGAUGGACGUAUUAGACCUGGUGAUAGAAUUGUAGCUAUUAAUGGGAUUUCUGUGAAUGAUUCUACUCUUUCUGAUGCAAUUAAUUUAAUUAAAACUUCGCCUCAAUCAAAAGUUAAUUUAACUGUGGAAUAUGAUACUUGCAAUUUAGCCUCACUGCGCAAAGUACCAAAUUCUUUGAGAGUUGAAAUAGAGAAAACCCCAGGCGUUGAUUUUGGUAUUGAAUUAGCUAUUAAACAAGUACCUAUAUGGCCAACUGGAAGUAGAAGAGCUGUUAUAGUUGAGGGGUUAGUGCCGGCUUCUAUUGCUGAAAGAUGUGGUGCAAUUCAACCAAACGACGAAUUAAUGUCAAUAGAUUUAAUUAGUUUAAAAUUAAUUUCUAGUCUAAACGAAGUUUAUCAACUUUUAAAUAGCCAUAGUUCUUUAAUAAGACUUGAAUUAUUACCUGCUGAAAUGAGAGGGAAAAUAGAUUUACAAAAUGGAGAAUGUCAAAAAUUGUCACAAAAUUUUCUCGAAUUUGAUGAAAUUGAUUUAAAUGAAAAGAAUAAAAAUAAAUUAUUUUUUAUUAACAACUUUCCCCCCUUCUAUUCUUCUCAAAAAUUUCCAUCAAAAUCAAAAAGAAAAGGUCAGUCAAAAACAAAUUCUUUUUUGAGUCAAAAUUUAUUUUAUGACAAUUUCUGA